AUGUCCCCUCCCCUAAUACGUGAUGUCGUGAUCAUAGCCUCUCGCGUUGGAAAGUGUGCGAAUGCCACCACCACGGAAGCCGGAGCCGGAAACCAUACGCGCUGGAGCCGGAGCUGGAGUGAGCAAUGA